GCCGAGAGUCCCCGCCGCUGCGCUCCCGCAGGGCCCGGCGCCUGCCCUCCCCGGAGCCGGCCAGGGCGGGAGUGGAAGCCGGAUCCCGCUCUUUCGUUUUCGUUUCCCGGAAGGAUAGCGAUUACCGGAGCGCUCUGAGACCUUCCUGGCCCGGGAAACCCGAGGGCACUUCUCGAAAGAGAUUUCCUCCUACGCGACCUUCCAGUUUUGGGGACCCAGUUACGGGGCGAGGGAAGGAGGGGCUCAACGCGCUGAGCAGCCGCGGCCAAGGGAGCGCUCACGACUGACGGCGGGGAGCUGUCUCACCUCCACCUGUAAUGCAGGAGGGAGCACUGGCCAGCUCUUCCGUGAGGCCGGAGGCAGCCACACCACCACCGGGCACCCAGGCCAGAUGUGAAGCUAGAAUGAACUUGCUGGGUGAAGGGGGAAUCUGCAAGCUACCAGGAAGACUCCUCCCUGUCCCUGUGGUUGCAGGCAUCCAGCCAGCACUCUGGAGCAGGGAGGACGUGUUGUACUGGCUGCGCUGGGCUGAGCAGGAGUACUCUCUGCAGUGCACUGGGGAGCAUGGGUUUGAGAUGAACGGCCGAGCCCUCUGCAUUCUCACCAAAGAUGACUUCCGGCUUCGUGCACCUGGUUCAGGUGACGUCCUCUAUGAGCUGCUCCAGUAUAUCAAGACCCAGAGGCAAGCCCUGGUGUGUGGACCCUUUUCUGGAGGGGCCUUCAGGCACAAGGUGUCCACUCAGUGCUGCCCCUGCCUCCUGGAAGAGGGGACUGGGUCACUUCCGUUGGCUCCUGGAAGCAAUCUCCUGCAGCAGCCAUCACACCUGGGGCUGGCCAGCUCCUCAAGUCCCCUGGCCAAGUGGCCCCUCAGCAGGGAGGAGUCCCUCAACGUAUCACACUGUGCGGAGCUGGGCUGCAGGGCUAAGGGAGCCUGCUCCUUCCCCACCAUGCCACAGGCCCCCAUCGAUGGCAGGAUCGCUGACUGCCGGCUGCUGUGGGAUUAUGUGUACCAGCUACUCUCUGACCCCAGGUACGAGCCCUACAUCCGGUGGGAAGACAAGAAUGCCAAGAUCUUCAGAGUUGUGGAUCCAAACGGGCUUGCCAGACUCUGGGGAAACCAUAAGAACCGGGUGAACAUGACCUAUGAGAAGAUGUCUCGUGCCUUGCGUCACUACUAUAAGCUGAACAUCAUUAAGAAAGAACCCGGGCAGAAACUCCUAUUCAGAUUUCUGAAGACACCCAGCAAGGUCAGCCAGGAUGAGGACAGCCGCCUGGAGCAGCCAGAGAGCCAGGAGCAGGACAGGAUGGAUUUCAAGGAGAAGAUGCUGGAAGUCUCUCCGUGAGGGUCAGGUGGAUUCUGGGCACCAAGCACUGAUGGACAGAAACUGAGUAUCCCUUGAUGGCAGCUAGCUGCCCGUCUCUGCCUUCCUCACAGAGCAGCAGGGAUCCCCAAUGGGUUUUGCACUCACAGGAUCAUCACUGUUGUCUCAGACCUCAAAGCUGCCUGGGCACCCGGGAGGCUGAGAACUGGGAGGUUUUACAUUCUGGACACUGUGGGGGACAUCGUUCUUGAGUAAGGCAGCCCUGGGGCUCAGUGGGGCAUGAGAAUGAACUCUCUCCCUGCCCUACCCCUUGCUACCUGCUCAGCUUGGGAGCAGUUGCUGGGCACCGAAAGAGUCUCCAACUCAGCUCCUUCAACUUACAGAAGAAGGUAGCAGGGGCCCCUCACGGAGCCUUAGCUCCUUCCUCUUUUGUAAGAGGGACCUGUCAGUCUUAGUAAUAACAUCUAACAAUGCUAACUGACAUUGAAGUGACCCCUGUGUACCAGGCCUCUUACUAAGGGUCCUGUCCAUAUUUUAUCUCAUUCCAUUCACACACCAAACCCCCAAGGUUUAAAGAUGGGGAAACAGAGGCAAGGCUUGCAGAGCUUGGAUGUCUCUUCAGAACACAGCACUGUUCCUUGGCUGGUCGGUUGGUGUUAAUGAUUCUGCGUGUCUCUGGGGCCUUUAGUGACUCUGGGGCCCUUCUCAAGCCAAGGCCAUGGCCCUGCCUCACUGCCCUCAGCAUCUCUGGUGAAUGGUUCGUCUCCCUUGGCCCAACCUUCUUUCCUGCUUUCAUUCCUUUGGUGACGCUGUGACUAUGACCCAGCCGAGAGGACCUCUGCCUCCUGAACCUGUGGUCUCCUACCCACACCUGCCACAUGACCUUGGGCAGGUUGUUGUCUCUCUCCGGAACCUCAGGCUUCUCUGUAAAAUGCAGAUGCUGUUCCCAAUCUGACAUCACAGGAUUGCUAGAAAUCUCCGUAAG